GCAUAUUCGGAGAAUAAUGAAACGGAGGGAUCCUGCUGUUCUGGUUUCUCUCCAACAACCUGUCUACGCGUGACGCAGGGGGAGGAGGACGGGGGCAGUCUACUUAAAGCGGGAUUAGCACGAGCCAAACAUUAUAUUCCCCUCCGUUUAGGCUCAGAGCGACCUGUCGACAGAAAAUAGGAGGACUUUAGACGGAUCGGGACCUCAGACGAGAGCGCGCGCUCCGGAGCGACAGCAGCGACUAAUCAAUGCAUUCGCCCGAUACUAGUACACUCGCCCUCGGAGCGGAACAGUAGCUCGCAUUUGGUUUUACACGGUCCACUGUGUUAUAUCGUCUCCGAAUGAAAAGCCAUGGGGGAAUGGACCAUUCUCGAGCGUCUCCUGGAGGCGGCUGUCCAACAGCACUCUACUAUGAUCGGGAGGAUCCUACUGACAGUGGUGGUGAUCUUCCGGAUUCUAAUCGUUGCAAUAGUAGGAGAGACCGUGUACGAUGACGAGCAGUCAAUGUUCGUAUGCAACACUUUACAGCCGGGCUGUAACCAAGCUUGCUAUGACAAAGCAUUCCCUAUAUCUCACAUCAGAUACUGGGUGUUCCAGAUCAUCAUGGUUUGCACACCCAGUCUAUGCUUCAUCACAUACUCGGUGCAUCAGUCGGCCAAACAUAAGGAGCGUAGAUACUCCAUGGUCUACUUGUCCCUCGACAAAGAUCAUGAUUCAAUGAAACGAGAAGAUAGCAGAAGAUUCAAAAGCACCAUUGUGAACGGAGUACUUCAAAAUACAGAAAACUCCACCAAAGAAUCUGAGCCCGACUGUUUGGAAGUGAAAGAGAUCCCCAGUUCAGCCAUGAGAACUGCCAAAUCUAAAAUGAGAAGACAAGAGGGUAUCUCAAGGUUUUACAUCAUUCAAGUGGUUUUCAGGAACGCGCUGGAGAUCGGCUUCUUGGUGGGGCAGUAUUUCCUGUACGGAUUCAACGUUCCUGCCGUGUAUGAGUGCGAUCGCUACCCUUGUAUCAAAGAUGUCGAAUGCUAUGUUUCGAGACCCACUGAGAAAACUGUGUUCCUCGUCUUCAUGUUUGCAGUCAGUGGGAUCUGCGUGGUGCUCAACCUUGCAGAACUCAAUCACCUGGGCUGGAGGAAAAUUAAAACGGCAGUAAGAGGGGUUCAGGCCAGGAGAAAGUCCAUAUACGAGAUCAGAAACAAGGACUUCCCGCGGAUGAGCAUGCCGAAUUUUGGCCGCACUCAGUCAAGUGAUUCAGCCUAUGUCUAAUUUACCUUCAUGUAGUUCAUCAGAGCAGAGGUGCUCAAUCCUGGUCCAGGAAGACCACAGCUUGCAUAUUAUAGAUGAAACACCCAUUUUUAGUCUUGGAGCCUUUAUUCUAAAUGAAUAUUUCACUUAAAAAUGGCAAUUCUGCCAUUAUUUACUCAACCUCAUGUCAUUCCAAAUCUGUAUUACUUUCUUCUGUGGACCACAAAAGAAGAUAUUUUGAAGAACGUUAUGGUCCAUGCAGUCCAAG